UACCCCACGUGUUUACACUAGACUAACCUCAAAAUUGUACACACUCCAAUAACAGUUUAAAAAGUGCUGCAAAAUGGGCAAGAGGAAGAAGGGGCGUAGUGUUAAAAAGAAUCCUAAUGUGAAUCUGGAGUCUGAGGAGGUGGUUCAAGCACCUCACUCCUUUGUUAUACAUAGAGGACUUCCUGGAGGCCAUACUUUAGAACUUACUAAAGACUUUCGAAGAGUUAUGGAACCGUUUACUGCAACAUCUCUCAAAGAACGUAAAAAAAAUACAAUAAAAGAUUUCGUAUCAGUUGCUGGACCCCUUCAUGUAUCUCACUUGUCAAUAUUCUCAAGGACUGAAACAGGCAUGUUUCUGAAAAUAGCACGUUUGCCCAGAGGACCUACACUAUCUUUUAAAGUUCACAAUUUUUCAUUGGCCAGAGAUGUUGUCUCAUCCUUAAAAAAACAGCUUGUUGUUGAACAAGCAUUCAAACAUUCACCAUUAAUUGUGCUGAACAGUUUUUCGGGUGAGGGUUUACAAAUGAAACUUAUGACUUCCAUGUUCCAAAAUAUGUUUCCCACCAUUAAUUUAACAUCUGUGGACUUAAAUACAGUGAGGAGGUGUGUUUUAAUGAACUACAACCCAACAACAAAGUUAAUAGAUUUUAGACACUAUGUUAUUAAAUUAAUGCCUGUGGGCAUUUCAAAAGGAGUGAAAAAAGUUGUACAAGGAAAAGUUCCCAAUUUAUCAAAAUGUGAAGAUAUUUCAGAAUUUUUAACAAAGUCUGGAGUUUUGUCUGAGAGUGAGUUUGAGGAUGACCCAGGUAACCAUGUGACAUUGGCUCAGAAAAUUGCAACUAGAGGUAACAUUGAAUCAGGCAAAUCAGCAAUCAGGUUAAGUGAACUGGGUCCAAGACUUACAUUACAACUUAUUAAAAUUGAAGAUGGAUUGAUGGAUGGUGAAGUUCUGUAUCAUGAUUUAAUUCACAAGACAGAGGAAGAGAAGGCUGAAAUUGAGAAGAAGAGGGAACAAAAGAAGAAAUUAAAAGAAAAACGGAAAAAGAUUCAGGAACAGAACACCAAAUUAAAGGAACAACAGAAGUUAGAAAUGAAAGAAAAAUCAUUAAAGGGUAUGCAAAAGGGCAAAUCUGAAACAGAUAUACUUAUGUCAAAGAGUACAAGAGAAGCAAAUCAGGAAGUUCCUGUUGAAGAAGAUGAUGAUAGAGAAUAUUACAAGGAAGAGGUGGGAGAAGAACCUGAUCAAGACUUAUUCACAUCAAGUCACAGUGGUACUAAAAGGCCAGCAACUUUCCAUAGCUACAAAAGUAAGAGGAUGAAAGUGGAUGAUGAAAAGAAAACUUAUGGGGGAAAGAAAACCAAUGAAAAGUUUGGCAAUAAAAAACGUUUUGAUAAUGACAGGAAAGAUAAGAAAUUUGGUAAAGGUGGACAGAAGUUUAAAAAGAGCGACGGAUCUGAUAAACGUGAUAAAAAAUUCGGCGGAAAGAAAAGAGGAAUUGACAAAACCAAUUCACAAAAUAGAGAUCAUAGACCCAUUGGAGGUGGUCACUCAAAAAUUGGAAGGAAAAAAUAUAAUAGCAAAAAGAGAUAGUUUUUGCAAAUUUAUGUAAUAAAUUGUUUUUAUUAAGUAUAUUAAAAUGAUUUUAAUAUAA